GGAUAAAUUUGGGUCCGUGGGAUUGGAUACGUUUUAUCAGUAUCUUGUGCCAGGUUACCCCAAAUUAACAGCCAUGGCUGCAAAGGUUCUCUCCAUGUCUGGGACUACUUAUCUUUGUGAACAGGUGUUCUCCGUGAUGAACAAUAAUAAAACAAAGCAGCGCUCAAGGUUAACAAAUAAACACUUGAAUGACAUUGUUAAAUGUGCUGCUACUCAGGAUUUGACACCUGAUAUCGACGCACUUGUAAAGGCAAAAAGAUGCCAAGUUUCAGGAGCCAGCAGCAGCACGUAGACUGCAGGAGUGCAGUGAGAGAGAGAAAAAAAGUGUGAUGACACGACAUUUGUUUGCACUCAUGAAUACAGAUCAUUAAAAAUAAGAUUAAUCUGGUUUCAUAUUAAAGACAAUUAAUAUUGUGCAGUAUAUUCUCAGCUUCAGUAGGCCCAGCCUAGUAGUUUGAUCUGAUGUAGUAUCUUAUUGCCCAUGCACUGCUAAAACUUUUAUUUUGUAUUUCUUUUUUAUUUAUUUCAAAGCAGUAUGACAAUUAAGGCAAAAAUAUUUUUUUCAUAGCUCCCACUUGAGUUUGUUUAGUGUGGUGAGUUGGUUCAGGUGUAAAACUGCAUUCACUCAACUGUUAAAAUAAACCAGUUGUUAACACAUUCAAUGCCAAACAUGAAAAUCAUUUUUUUUCCAUUGUUUGUGAAUAAAUGUGUUGUGCUUAGAAAA